UUAUUAUUAUUUUUUAAUAACUCGAGGAGGGUGUUGUUUGUCUCUCUUCUUCCUCUUGGACGACUCCAAAGUCCAAACCUUUCAGUUUGGGAUUAAUUGGUUUUGAGUUGCACCGGAUCACGGGAUUGCGGUUAAUAUGCAGACAUCAAGGGCAAGGCUUUUUAAGGAAUACAAGGAAAUACAGCGAGAAAAAGCAGUUGAUUCUGAUAUCCAGCUAUUUUGUGAUGAUAACAACAUAUUAAAGUGGACUGCUCUUGUCAAAGGACCAUCAGAAACUCCUUUUGAAGGUGGUGUAUUUCAGCUUGCAUUUGCCAUUCCUGAGCACUACCCCUUGCAACCUCCUCAAGUGCGAUUCUUAACAAAAAUAUUUCAUCCAAAUGUGCAUUUUAAGACAGGAGAGAUUUGCCUAGAUAUAUUGAAGAAUGCAUGGAGCCCAGCUUGGACGCUCCAGUCUGUGUGUAGGGCUAUAAUAGCUUUGAUGGCCCAUCCUGAACCUGAUAGCCCACUCAAUUGUGAUUCAGGAAAUCUUCUGCGCUCUGGUGAUCUUAGAGGAUACCAAUCAAUGGCGAGAAUGUAUACCAGGCUUGCGGCUAUGCCAAAGAAAGGGUGACUGAAGAAAAAAGAACGAAUGGCUAAAAUUCUUGAGUUGCCCCCUUUACCUACUGUAUUAAAGAUGAAAUGUAUUUUGCUAAUUUAUCCUUAAAACUCUGAAACUGAAGUUUCAAUUGGUUGUAUCAUCACACCUUCUUUCACCCUUUCAUUUUCAGGUAUCUGUUGCAUAUAAAAAUAUCAGCCGUAGAGUUGAACAUAAGACUUAUCCACAUGAUCACAUUGCAUUGAAUCCUCUCAAGUACCUGCUAAUGUUAUAUCUAAUAUCAAUCUCAUCUUUUGUUUCUCCA